GUUUUCAUAUUGUUAUGUUUUCCUUAAUGCAGGUCUCCUGCCAUGAUUGGCUGCUCUUUCGUGGUCAACCGUGAGUACUUUGGUGAACUCGGCCUGCUCGACUCAGGCAUGGACGUCUACGGAGGGGAGAACAUCGAACUGGGCAUCAAGGUGUGGUUAUGUGGUGGCAGUAUGGAAGUGCUGCCUUGUUCCAGGGUGGCUCACAUCGCACGGACGAAGAAACCCUACCAUAAUAACAUAGCUUUCCACACACGGCGUAAUGCUCUACGCGUGGCUGAGGUCUGGAUGGAUGACUUCAAGUCCAAUGUCUAUUUGGCCUGGAACAUCCCUAUGGAGAACCACGGAAUUGAUUACGGAGACAUAUCUGAGAGGGUUGCACUGCGGAAGCGUCUGCAGUGUAAAAACUUUGAGUGGUACCUCGACAAUGUUUACCCAGAGAUGAGGAAGUACAAUAACACGCUGUUCUACGGUGAGAUUCAUAACUCUAAAGUGAGCAACCUGUGUAUGGAUCAAGGCAUUAGGGAGAACCACACAGCCACCCUGCAUCCCUGCCAUGGAUGGGGUCCUCAGUUGGGACGUUACACCAAAGAGGGUCAGCUGUUCCUGGGCCCUCUGGGCAGCACUGGGGAGGACACUCGCUGUGUGGUGGAUGAUGAGAGCAGCAAACUUCCCCAGCUCUUAGACUGUGACAAGGUGACCAGCGUGAACCAGAAGACAUGGGAUUUCUCUCAGAAUCAGGCAAUCAUAAAUCGAGCUACCGGACGCUGUCUGGAGGUGGUGCCGGCUAACGUUGCCUUCAACCACCUACUGGUCCUGCAGACCUGCUCCGGUCAGAAGUGGACCUUCAAGAACACCAUGAAGCAGUAGACUGGCCAAUUUCACUGGAAUCAAUGAGUCCAUUUUCAAGUGAUGUCACCUGACCUCAGCUUGGCCGAGGAGCAACUGAUAAGGCAGAGUUUUAAAAAGGUUGCCAUAAUACCUGUAUGUGCCACUUCUCUAGAUUUGAUAAGCCAAAACUGUGUUCUGUCUUAUGUGGGAAAAAAAGGUUUCUAUCUUCAUCCUCAUUGUUUCUGCAUUAUAUCAUUCUGGACCAUUAUUAUGUCUUUUAAGAUGAGUACAAUAAUAAAAUACAUGGAUUAAAAUUUUCAGUAACACUGUAUGAACUGAUCAGAAUACAACUUUUUAUCUUAAGAUUCAUGAAAAUGAAGGAAUGCCUACUUAUGAAAUGCAUACAUUAACAGUGAAUAAACAUGUAUGCCCAAAAGGGAUUUUUAUGUUCUUCUUACAGGCCUAAACCCUGUACAUGUUUAUAAUUUGAAGGAAAAGGUAUUUACAAUAAAUAUUCCUUGGGGUAUUGGAGUUUAUUUUGUUUGUUUUUUUGUACAUCAUCUCAUAAAUCUCAUUUUCGGGGGCUACUGGGCUAAAUCGUGGUUUUAUAUGUCAUGGAUGCAUUUGUCAUUUUUUAAAGCAUUCGGUUGCACCAAAUGCAGUACAUCUUGUAGCAUGAUUGUUAAGUACUGUAUGCACAUGGGGACAAAGCUUAGUUGAGCUGGGGUAAUUUAUUCUGUUGAGUGCAACUACUGCAGACGGCCAGUAGUUGCACUCAACAGAACUUUUUUGGACAAUUAGAGGAAGAAGUGGAAAGUGUAUUGAUUGUCGAAAUGCUGAAGGCCUUCAAGGCUGGUAUUGUUACUGUACUGAGAUGUAUAUGAUGUCAUAUAUUCAAUAAUUCAAUGUUAUCAGUUGGAUUUUCACUCCCAAGAUUGUCUUCCAAUAAAAAACUGGUUUCCUG